ACGAGAAACCAAUAAAAAUGGUAGCCGUCACUCACAAGCCAAAUCCCGAAGACAAUUUCGCAGCGCUAUAAGCAACAAAAUGAAAAAUUACAGAAAGAUUAGUUAUCAAGGAGCUAAGGAUAGAGUACGAAGAAAUACUCGUCACACCCUCUUAAAUUUCAUAAUCGCUUCCCAUCCACCGCAAAAGCUCGAAAUUGUUCUUUGAGUAGAAUCCAGUUUUGAAGAAGAAUCAAUUUUCUCCCAAACACCUUCCAAUAGAGGAAAACUGCGAUUGACCGAACAAAACGCAGGUUAAACACCGACGGAACCAGAUCCACCGAAACCCUAUCACAUUCAAAUCAAACCAUAGCUUCAUCGUCGAGAUCCAAAGGAGUACUGGUGAUAUAUAUUCUCUCUCGUGGCUUAUUGAUGUUUAAUUUGGUCCAAUUUCUGGAAUGGAGAUGAGCUGCUCGUCGAAUGUUAAUACAGAUGUCCCCACAUGUUCUACUAGCACAGUUAAUGGUCCAUACUCACACCAGAGUUUCGGUGGCUUUGUGCAACAGCCUGUUUAUGUGAGUGGAUGGAUGUAUGUGAAUGAACAUGAACAAAUGUGUGGUCCAUAUAUUAAGGAGCAGUUAUACGAGGGGCUAACUUCAGGUUUCUUGCCAUUCGCGCUUCCGGUGUAUCCUGUAAUCAAUGGCACAAUAAUGAACCCUGUACCAUUGGAUUAUUUCCAACAGUAUCCUGACCAUGUUUCCACUGGGUUUGCAUACAUGGGUAUGAAUUUCGCAGACACAAUGAUGUCUACUAAUGGCUCCUCUUCUUCUCAGGAUAUGACUAUAUAUAGGCAAGAUAGAUCUUUUGAGCCUGCCGCUCUUAUGGCUGUUAACGCUGAUUCAAAGUCUGUUUCACAGUCAAAUGUCAAUGACUGCACUAAGGAUUCCAGUCACUUGAAUUUAAACUCAGAGUCUUUCAGGAGGAUUAUUUCUUGUCAGAUGUCGGGAGGAGAAUGUUGUUGGCUUUAUGAGGAUAAAAAGGGUACGAAACAUGGGCCGCAUUCCAUUUCAGAAUUGAUUUCAUGGCACCACCAUGGAUAUCUUGAAGAUUCAACAGUGAUCUCCCAUUUUGACAAUAAGUAUGGAAAUUUUGUGUUGUUGGCUGCUGUAAAUGCAUUGAAAGGAGAUAUAUCUGGAACCAUCUGUGGAUCAGAUUCCCAAAGCAACGGAGUAGGUGAUGUGAUGAACUUAAAUUGUGAAAUAUCUGAAGACAUUUCUUCACAAUUGCACAUGGGUGUAAUGAAAGCUGCCCGAAGAGUUGUGCUAGAUGGGAUUAUUGGCGAUAUCAUUUCAGAAUUUGUUACUAAAAAGAAAUGCAAAAACCAAAAGCUUAAGUCUUCUGAUCGAACUUGCGCGUUGGACAGUAAAAUGAUGAAUAAUAGUACUUCCAUUCCUCCUAGUGAGCCUGCAGCUUCCCAUUUUUUGGAUGACCAGGCUUGCCAUGAAAUUUCCAGACAGUCUUCAAUGAGUGUGAAGGCAGUUGGAAGCAUUGAAAAUUUUUGGUGGUCAUAUUCUGUUGUUCGUAAAGCACUUGUUGAUUAUUGCUUGCAAAUCAUGUGGAAUGCAGUGUUUUUUGACACGGUAAAAGAGUACUUAUUUUCCUGGAGGAAGAGGAAAUAUUGGUCUCAACCUAAGCCUCCACCAACUGUUAAUGAAUCUAAAGAUUAUGUUGAAAAGAUUAAAUCAGAAGCUUUGGUUCUCAGGCCAGGUUCCUCUAUAAGCAAUGUUGAUGCUGAUAUCCAGUCUGGCGUGAUGGCGACAGAAAGAGAUUGUCAUCCUGAGUUGUUUUUAUCUACUAAUAACUUCAAAAGCCGAAACAUAGCCGAAAGUCAAAGAGUUUCAUGCAGUUAUCCUAAUUCUAAAGUUUUGACAUGUAUUCUUGAACGUGUGGAGAACGAUCUUCACUGCUCUGCAAAGGUGUCUUUAGCUGAUUAUGUUCGAAGUGUUGUUGAAAAGGAAGUAAACCAAGUAAUUCCUUCCCUAGAAAAAGAUAAAUUCAGCGAGUUGCAGGUUGAUGAUAGUAACUGCCAUAUCUCAGAGAUGCUUACCAGUAAAACAUCUGUUAAAGAAAUUCUAAAUGACGAGUCUGUCGAUCCUGUGAAAAAUAGAGACUCACUUUGGGUGUCUUCACCUGGUAACCGACUGUCUAAUCUUUUCUCCAAAGCAUUUCAAGAACUGCGUGGACAUUUAAAUGACGUGGUUGACGAAGAGGAGGUUGGUGACAUGCCACCUGGAUUCGAGAAAAACUCUCAAAUGAUAUACCCUCACCACAGCUCAAAAUUUCGACCUUCAAGAAUAGUUGAAUGUCAUCCCAAGAUUACAGCGUAUGUUGCAGCUGCACUGUGCAGACAGAAGCUGCAUGACGAAGUCCUAGAGAAUUGGAAGUUGUCGAUUCUUGAUUCUACAAUUAAACAAGUUCUUAUGUCAUCACGUACCAUAAAGAAGAAUUUUCAGUCUCGUGGUCAUGAGAAAAGGAAGUCAUUUGGUGCAAAUAAGGAACUUUUGAAUGAUGCUACUUCUGGACUGGGAAAAGGGAAGAAAGGCUCAAAAAAUUCUGGAGUUCCUCUGUUGGAUGGAAAGCAUACAUAUCAACGUAAGAAGCUACCACGGAAAGAGUUUUGCUCCUCUCAGCCUGUUGUAGAUGAUAAUUUAGGGCCAGGGAAGAAGCCUCUGGCUAACUUAUGGAAACAUGUUUCUGGAGAUGUGAAUGAGAGUGCAGAAGUUAAAAUAACUGCUAUUAAAUGUGGAAAGACCAAGAUGAUUAAAGGGAAGAAGGAUACAUCUUCUAAGAGCAGGUCUUCUUUCAAUGUCGAUAAUAGCUCACCCAAUGAUCAAUUAUCCUUGAAGAAUAAAACUAGCCAGAAAGUAGCGAAGUUUGCGCAUACAGUUCAAAAUGGUGUUACAGAUAUUAUGAAGUUUAAUGAAAAGAGGCCAUCAGCAUCUUCUAAGAGCAGGUCUUCUUUCAAUGUCGAUAAUAGCUUACCCAGUGAUCGAUUAUCCUUGAAGAAUAAAACUAGCCAGAAAGUAGUAAAGUUUGCGCAUACAGUUCAAAAUGGUGUUAUAGAUAUUAUGAAAAUUAAUGAAAAGAGGCUAUCGACAUCAACUGAUAAUAUUGUUGGUAUGAAAGUAGCUAAAAUAAAUAACUCUGAUGUCACCAUUCACAAGAAGACCACUUGUCAUAUCUCUAGCGAGAAACUUAGUGUGACAAAUAAAGUGUCAAAAUCUAAAAGGAAGCAUCAAACAGAUGUUGUUACAUCCUUACAUCCUGCUAAGGUUUUGAAAAUUUCAAAUAGGGGGUCUAGUCUGAGAGCUACUGGCAAACAAGUAACUGAGGCACAGAAGAAAUCUAACGUAUCCAAGUCAUUGGAUUUAUGUCCUAAAUCUAAUGGAUGUGCUCGGACUUCUAUUAAUGGGUGGGAAUGGCAUAAAUGGUCACUAAGUGCUAGUCCUGCAUGUAGAGCACGUGUCAGGGGUCGUCUUCCACGUUUACAAAACAAGUGCAGAAAUUCUGAAAACACUUCAUCCCAGGUGUCAAAUGGUAAGGGUCUUUCUGCAAGAACCAAUAGGGUGAAAUUGCGUAACCUUCUUGCUGCCGCUGAGGGUGCAGAUCUUCUGAAAGUGCCUCAAUUGAAGGCACGAAAAAAGCGAUUAUGUUUUCAAAGGAGCAAGAUACACGACUGGGGUCUUGUUGCCUUAGAGCCAAUAGAAGCGGAGGACUUUGUGAUCGAAUAUAUUGGAGAAUUAAUUCGUCCUCGGAUAUCUGAUAUACGUGAGCUUCAAUAUGAGAAGAUGGGAAUCGGAAGCAGUUACCUUUUCAGAAUUGAUGAUGGUCAUGUGGUUGAUGCUACAAAGAGAGGCGGGAUUGCAAGAUUUAUCAACCAUUCUUGUGAGCCCAACUGUUACACAAAGGUUAUAUCUUUUGAGGGUCAAAAGAAGAUUUUUAUAUAUGCAAAGCGGCAUAUAAAUGCCGGUGAAGAAAUUACAUACAAUUAUAAAUUUCCCUUGGAGGAGAAAAAGAUUCCCUGCAACUGUGGUUCCAAAAAGUGUCGCAGAUCAUUGAAUUAAGCUGUUAUUGAAACUAAUACGUGCAUGCACUUACUACUGGAGAGUGGAGAAUUUUUCUCCCUUAGGAUAAUACUCCCAAAAAACACGUUGCUCACUGAAAUUCGAGGACUGUUACUUUAUAUUUCACUGGACUGUUGACUUCAAAUUGGACGUGUUGCCACAAUGCUUGUAAACCUUUUACCUUGUAGUUAUAUCACCAUUUUUGGAGAAAGGCUGAACUGAAUGCUAUUGGUGACCGGUGUUGCCUACUUGUUUGGUGAUGGGAUAACAAACUUGAGCAUUCUUGUAGAUGGUUGUGGCAGUUGAGUUUCUCAUCUUAGAAGCUGUAAAUAAUUGUUUUUCCAUGUCUAUAUAAUUUAGUGAAGGAAUAAUUUGGUACGAAGAUGCCUAAUUCUUUUAAUGAGUAAAAACUUUGGAACAUUAGUGCAUGAUUCUCAAAAUGACCAUAUUGCACAUCUCAAACCCCCUUUCUUGCUCCCCAGUUCCUUUUUUUUUUUUUUGUCUCACACUCCUUGUUUCUAUAACAAAAAUUUGAUUGAAUUGUACUAGUGCAGCUGAAUAGGUGGCAACUACUUGACCGACGUAACUACUGGCCAACAAUAUAAUAAAAUUGGAAUUCCUGUUGAGAAGUGGAUUGUAAAAUUAUUAGACGUGUCUAUAUCAACCUUUUUGAACAGUCAAUUGUUAAAUAUUAAUGUGCCAAUACUUGUUUUAUUUGCAUGAUGGAUUUAAGGCUUUUUUUUUCUUGCCACAAGCGAAAAUCACUUGCCUAUAACAUUAAUUGGCAACUCUUUUUCGGGUCCGGAAAACCAUACCUUAAAAAUGGUACUCAUGCAUGGUGUCAAAUCUCUCAUUUAUCAACAUUGGGAAAUUGACAAGAUUUCAGGUAUAAUAGUUUGUAAUUAGGGAGUUCAAUUUAGCUAUGUUAAUGAUGAUUGGUAGGAGUCAUGUAGUCAAAAUGGUUAUGGAUUUUUUUUUGUCCACUAAAUAAUAAUUACUCUAAAAUUAAGUGAUAUUGAGGUUAAUGAGUACUUAACAUUUAAUAUCUUUUGUGGCAAAUCUCUGUUUGCCAGGGACUGAGCAUACUUAAUUUGUGUUCCAUGUUUUCAAUUCGUUUAUUUUGCUUCCCACCUUCAAUUCCUGUGGUUUGCAGGAGUAGCUCAAGUAGGAAAAACUGUUAGGUUGCUGAAUUGGAUUAUGCUCCCGGCAACAUGCAUGGAACUUUGAAACACUUUCUUCUAUUGAAAAUUCUCCAGCAAUUGAAAAUUAAGCAAUACAAAAAUGGACAUAUAGAACGGUGUAGUUGCAAUAUGUUGGACCUAUUAGAUUAUGAAAGCUCUAUGCUAACCCAAAAAUAAAUAUUGGGGUGGUCUAUGAGGGUAGAGUUUUUGAGGUGUCAAGACCGACAGAAGAAGGAUAAUGGGUUGAUGCUUUGCAAUUAUAAUGCUCUAAAAUGUGCAUGUCCAUUGUAGGAUUUCUAUAUUGAAUAGAUACAAGUAUUUUAUGUGAUAUUUAAGUCACAAUGUUCUUUCAUCUUAUGGACUAAUCUUUUGGGUUAGACUCAUCACGUGCUUAAAUUGUACCCAUGAGUGUAUUUAUUGUGAAUUGAACAUUGCUGGAUUAAGGUGCACCACCUAAUACAUGUCGGUAAGUGAAGCUACCAAAAUGAAAAGAACUAUUCUCAAGGUCAGUGCCGAAAGAGUGAAAAUUGCCGCGGACAUGUGCUCUUAAAGGGUGUGAUAAUGUUAAAUUAGUCCAUGCGAUUCUUCUACUUAAUAGGCAAGUCUUUUGAGUCAAUUUAAGUGAUCGGUGUUUGUUUCUCUUCAAUGAGAGAGACAAUGCUUGAAGACAUGAUGGAUGACUUCUGUGAUUUUUGCAAUUAACUCCGCCUGUGUCUUAUUUGAUAUAAACACAGCCGGUCCCCAGCCCGGACAAAGGAGGAGGGUUGCACUUACAAUGGUUAUUUUGACACAUAACCAAGUUGGGUUCUUUACGGACUUUUGGUGAGCCUAGUAAAGGCAUGUAAUGUUUAAGAUCAUUGACAAUAUUUUCGACCAAUGGUACAAGAAUGGGAAACGACGCAAGAACUAUGCAAAAUAUUGCAAAAAUUGGCAUUCAGGUAGACAAUAUUCCACUUUUUCAUGGCUAGAGUUCUUUAGCAAAGCAUCGACAUCUUCACAUUUAAUGUGUACUUAGAUGAAUAUAUUUUCAACAAAUUGCCAAUGAUGGCAAAAACCUUUGCUUUUCACACAUAUUUGGAAGUAUUAUCAUUUAGGUAAGGAUCAUGGAAGUGAAGAGGUGUAAGGUAAAGUUGAUGGACUAGUGAAUGGAGUGAAGUUGUUAAAGCAUUUGUUAGCAACAAUCUCUGUCAAGAAGUUUUUUAAGGCAUUGAUUUAAAAAGCUCUUGGAACUUUAAGGUAUUUGCCUCUUGAGUGAGUAUAGUACCACAUUCCUAAGUAUACGUAUAGUUCAUGCAUGUAUCUUAAAAGUUAAUGUGUAUAAUGUAAAUCAUUAAGUGGAAAUGUAAAGGUGAAUUUACAAUAAUGUGAAAAUGUGAUUAUCUAAA